UAUAGCCAGUCUGCGUUCAAUGGUCACUGACUGAGAGGACUGAGGGGCAGUUCUUGAUUUAGGAAGCGUUUUGUCCUAACGGAGUAAGACUGAGAAGCAUCUCGAUUUUUUCCUCCCCAAAGAGCAGGGCUAUUUUGGGCAGUCAGUCUGAAGUGGCAACCCAGACAGUGGGAGACACGGCAACGAGCGCACAUACAAAUAGGCUACAGCAACCUGCGCGCUGUGCGUAAGUGGAUGCGUGCAACAGAUUUCUUUUCGGAUAACAGAAGAUAAGAGAAGAUAUUGUGAGUUAGCCCACAUUUUUAUACACGGGUGAUACUCUUUGUGAAAUGCUUUUGAAAAAAUAACUUUCGUAACUACACGAUCUGUUCGAUGUUAGUUAUAUGAAAAGAGAAGAACUGCAAGAAUGGACACCAACGGGAACGGCGCUUUUAUUUUUAUCAGAACAUUGAAACUUCUUGCCUUGAUGACACUGGCACAUCAUGUUACUGGUAAGACACUCAAGUAUCAGGUUUACGAGGAACAGAAGGUUGGGACUGUUAUUGCUCGACUAAAAGAGGAUGUAGCUGAUGUUUUAUCGAAACUUCCCAGCUCAGUUUCCCUGCGUUUCAAGGCAAUGCAAAGAGGGAGCACAUCCCUACUCUCUGUGCGCGAACAAGACGGUGAAAUAAGCAUCAGGUCCAAAAUAGACAGAGAAAAACUAUGUGAGAAAAAUGUGAACUGCUCUAUUGAAUUUGAUGUUCUGACUCUUCCUACGGAGCAUUUACAGCUGUUCCACGUCGAAAUACAAAUACUUGAUAUCAAUGACAACGCUCCUCAGUUUUCUCGGUCAGUAAUUCCCAUUGAGAUUUCUGAAAGUGCGGCUGUAGGCGCACGGAUUCCCUUGGACAGUGCAACGGACCCUGAUGUGGGAGACAACUCUCUUCAUACAUACUCUCUGACCCCUACUACGGAGUUUUUCAUGAUCGAUGUGCUUACGCGUACUGACGGUGCCAAAUAUGCGGAGCUUGUUGUACUUAGGGAAUUGGACAGAGAGACACGGUCAAGCUAUGAACUCCAAUUAAUUGCAUCUGAUAAGGGCGUUCCCCCCAAAUCUGGCUCUACUAUCCUUAAAAUCAACAUUGCAGACUCAAACGACAACAACCCUGUGUUUGAGAAGCCAUCUUAUGUCAUUAAUCUUUUGGAAAAUUCGCCUAUUGGCUCCAUGAUAAUUGACCUGAAUGCCACAGACCCCGACGAGGGUACCAAUGGAAAAAUAGUCUACUCCUUCAGUACUCACGUUUCUCCCAAAAUUCAGGAUACGUUUAAAAUUAACUCAGACAGUGGACAACUAACUCUAAUGAAAAAGAUCGACUAUGAAACCACCAACUCAUUUGAUAUUGAUAUCCAGGCACAAGAUCUUGGCCCCAAUUCAAUGCCAGCUCAUUGUAAGGUAAAAAUCAAAGUUGUAGAUGUGAAUGACAACAAACCAGAGAUAAGCAUCAAUUUAAUGUCACCAGGAAACGAGGAGGUGGCAUACAUAUCAGAAGGUGCUCCUGUGAACACAUUUGUUGCCCUGGUGAUAGUGGAUGACAAAGACUCAGGGCUGAAUGGGGAGGUGACGUGUAGACUUCAUGGACAAGGGCACUUCCGGCUCCAGAAGAAAGAGAAAAACUACAUGAUACUGACUGAUGUUGCUUUGGACCGUGAGAAGAGGUCCGAGUACAGCCUGACUGUAAUAGCAGAGGACCGUGGGGUGCCCAGCCAGUCCACCAUAAAACACUUUACCGUGCAGGUCCUGGACGAGAAUGACAACCCACCAAGGUUCGAGAAAAGCCUCUAUGAGAUUUCCAAACCAGAGAACAAUGCCCCAGGCUCAUAUCUCACCUCCGUGAUGGCAGUGGAUCCUGACCAGGGCCUCAAUGGCCAGGUGAGCUAUAGCAUCUUGGACAGCAUCGUUGAGGGCAGUCACAUCUCCACCUUUGUGACUGUGGACCCCUCCAAUGGUGCCGUUUACGCCCUCCGCUCAUUCGACCGUGAGGACAUAAGCCGCCUGAUGUUCACCAUUCAGGCCCAGGACGCUGGAAACCCACGCCUGAACAGCAACGUCACCAUGGUUCUCAUCCUGGAGGAUGAAAAUGACAACCCACCCUUCAUCGUAUCCCCACAGCUGUGGAACCACACGGCCGACAUACGAGUGUCCCGCUACAGCCCCGCUGGCCAGGUGCUGACCACCAUCCGGGCGACGGACAAGGAUGCUGGGGCCAAUGGGGAGCUGACCUGCAUUAUCGUCACCGGCAACGAGGCCGGGUACCUUGCCAUGGAUGCCAAGACAUGCGAGAUCCGUGCCAAUGUGAGCAUGGAGCAGGUGCCGGUGGACCACAUCGAGGUCACUGCCCUUGUUCAGGACAAAGGGCCCGAGCCACAGACAGCCAGAGCCGUGCUGAAGUUCAGCAUCCACGAGAAUGUGGACAGAGACAUUCCCUCGCACAACACUGGAGGCGGAGGGGAGUCGUCUUUCGACGUGUCCCAGCGCAUCAUCAUUAUCGUGCUGGUGGCCAUUUGCCUCAUGCUCCUCGCCACCAUGGUGGUGUUCGCCGUGUGCCGCUUGAUGGAGAAGAUGGACAACCGUUCGUACAACUGCCGCCUGACAGAGUCUGCCUACCAGCAUCACCCCAAGAAGCCCUCCAGGCAGAUACACAAAGAGGACAUCACCCUGGUGCCCACGAUCAAUGGCACCCUACCCAUCCGGGCGCACCACCGCUCUCCGGCGGCCUCACCAGUGGCCGAGAGGGCGCAGAUGAGCAGUCGGCAGAGCCACCACAGCCGCCAGUCACUCAACAGCCUGGUUACUGUGUCCUCCAAUCACAUCCCAGAGAGCUUUGCGCUGGAGCUGGCCCACGCCACCCCACCUGUGGAGCAAGUCUCACAGCUUCUGUCAAUGCUUCAUCAGGGCCACUACCAACCAAGACCAAGUUUCCGUGGAAAUAAGUACUCAAGGAAUUACAGGUACGGCCUCCAAGACAUGGAUAAAUUCAGCCUAAAGGACAGUGGGAGGGGGGACAGUGAUGCUGGGGACAGUGACUGUGACAUGGGUCGGGAGUCGCCGAUUGACCGCUUCCUCAGCGAAGGAUUCAGUGACCUCUUUCACAUGGAUGCCCAGCAGCGACUCCACCCAGCCAUGAGACUGUGCACCGAGGAAUGUCGCAUCCUGGGCCACUCCGAUCAGUGCUGGAUGCCCUCCAUCCCCUCCCCAGCCUCCGCCUCGUCUGACUACCGCACAAACAUGUACAUUCCUGGGGAGGAGUCUUCCCAGCAGGCCCUGGUGGUCGAGGAGGACCAGCAGUCUGUGGACUCCUCUGGCGACCGCAAGAAGAGCUUCUCCACCUUUGGCAAGGAGUCCGAGGAGGAGUGCGGUGUGGGAGGCUCUCUCCUGUCCGAGAUGAGCAGCGUGUUCCAGCGCCUUCUGCCCCCAUCCCCCGACACCUACGGAGAGUGCAACGAGAUAGCCGAGCGCUCCGUCACCAUGGAAACCCGACGGGGCUUCCUCCCGGGCAAAUCACCCUCGUCUUCCUCCUCGUCCUCCUCCAUGUACCCGCAGGGUGUGGCUGCCUGGGCGGCCAACACGCACUUUCAGAACCCGAGCAACCCGUCGUCCAAUCACGUGGCGACCCCAACACAUGGGCCCACCAAUCACGCGACGGCCACCACCCAGACACACCUGAAGUGGCUGCCGGCCAUGGAGGAGAUCCCAGAGAACUAUGAGGAGGACGAGCUGGACAACAUGCUCGGACACUUGCAAGGCAAACGCAGUGACAGUCGCCAUGAGGUCACCAUGGACGCUAGCGAGCUUGUUUCCGAAAUAAACAAACUCUUGGUCGAUGUCCGCCAGAACUAGAACAUUUUCUUUCUGGGGUAUUGAGGCCUACUGAAAUGUGAAAUUGUUUCCCCUCACAUCUUUCUAUCUUCCCUCCCACACUCUUUCAUUUGAUCGUAGAGUGAAGAAAUCAGAAAGAAUAAAGCACUGUACCAGACAUUCUGUGGCAUUGAUAUUGUGAAGGUGUUUGUAAGUACUUGUUAUCUGGAAACAACUUUUGUUUCUCACACGUCCUUAUUUUUGGUAUACAGUGUACACAUUGUGAUUGUAGCUACCUUUGUAUUUUAAGAAUACAUUUUUUACACAGUAUUUAUAUAAGUGUAUGUAUGUUUGUAUAUAAUACAAAAACCAAAAAUGUCUAUUUUUAUAUUUUUCUGCAUGUCAUCAAAGUAUUAAUUGUGUGUGUGUGUGUGUGUGUGUGUGUGUGUGUGUGUGUGUGUG